AUGGCAGAAUUAAAUCCUUCCGACAAAUAUGCAGAGACCAUUCAUCCGAAAUUGACGAAAAAAUUGAAAAUUGAUGCCGAAAUUCGUAAUCUUUGGUCAGAGAGCAUCCAUCGCCGGGAUCAAUGUCAAACCUUUAUGAAGACUGAUGAAAUUUAUGAUUUUAUUAUUGUCGGAGCAGGAACUGCCGGGUGCAUUCUAGCGAGAGAACUCAUUUAUAAUGUUCCCAAUGUUAACAUUUUGGUAUUAGAAGCUGGACCACCAGAUGCGCAAGUAAAUGAUAAAGUCCGCUUGCCUUGUACCUUUCUUUCGAAUUUUCGAUCAAGUGAAACUGAUUGGGGAUAUUAUACGGAAGAGCAAAGAAUGCUUAGUACUAUGGAACCUAUAAAAGAAGUAAUAAACAAAGGAAUGCGUUAUCCGCGUGGCAAGGUUAUUGGAGGAUGUAGUACCGUGAAUUCAAUGGUUUACAUGCGAGGUCAAAAGUCUGAUUACGAUAGUUGGGCGGCUCAAGGACCUGAAUAUAUAAUUUGGGAUUACGGUCAUUGUCUUGAAGCUUUCAAAGCCGUCGAAAACAACGCGCGUGCAAACCCUGACGAAGAAUUUAAGAAGUAUCAUGGGUUCGAUGGCCUACUUCACGUACAAGAUAGUCCAAAUGAUACUUAUGAGAUGACUAAAGAUUUCAUUAAAGUUGCAAACAAUCUUGGAAUUCCUUGUAAUAACGAUUUCAAUGGCGUUAGGCAAAAUGGAGUAGGGAAAUAUCAGUAUACAAUGAAAGAUGGAAAGCGGAUUUCGUUGGCUGACAGUUAUUUGGCGGACGCAUUGAAGAAAGUUGAAAAAUACCCUCCAUUAAUGCCAUUAACACCUGCUUUUGGUGGAUUUGCCGGCGGUGUCGCAAAGGUUGUUGCUGUCAAUGUUAAAUCCUUUUCUCAAAUGUUGGGUAUUAUCUGGGACGAAGAAAAUGAAGAUGAAAAUAUUGCAAUUGGUGUCAAAUAUUUCUGCAAUGGUGGAAUUCAUAACGCUUUCAUUGCUCCAAAGGGAGAAGUGAUCAUUUGUGGUGGUGCUGUGAAUAGCGCUCAGAUUUUAAUGCUAUCUGGAAUCGGUCCAAAGAAUAAUUUGGAAGCAUGUGAAAUUAAAGUUCGUAAAGAAUUAUCAGUUGGACGCAAUCUACUGGAUCAUCCUUUAUGUCAUAUUACCGGCAAAGUUUCUAUUCCAAAUGGAACAAAUGAUGCUCUAAUUCAUUCUUGGUGUUGUGGGAUUAAACUUGGAAUCCAUUAUAAAGGUAACGUUGAAGGAAAAAUUCCGAGUAAAGAUGAAUUUCUCGAUGAACGUCCGGAUUUUCAAACAUACGUAAACGCGUUUGUGUUUGAAUAUAAUAUUAUCCAAUCUAACAUAUCAGCAUUUACUUUGGCCACCGUUUUAAAUUGCCCAUCAAGUGUUGGCCAUUUGGAAUUAUGCAAUUCUAAUCCAUUCAUGCAACCAAAAAUAUUUCUCAAUUUUUAUGAAAAACCUGAAGAUAUGUAUAGAAUGAUUAGUUCACUAAAAUUAUUACGUGAAAUGCUUAAGCAACCUCCAUUAAGUACUGUAUGGGGCGUGAAAGAACUUGGGUUUAAUGAUGAAUUUGGAAAAUGGUGUAUUGUAGGCGACGAGAUGAGUGAUGAAGAUUGGGAAAGAUAUAUUCGUGAAAAGACAUCAUCAUCGUUUCAUACAUGUGGUACUGUAAAGAUGGCACCAGAAUCUCAAGGAGGAUGUGUUAAUCAUCGCCUUCAAGUUUAUGGUACCAAAAAUCUUCGAGUUGUUGACGCUUCAAUUUUUCCGAUUAUUCCGAAUGGUAACAUUAAUGCACCUGUUGCCAUGGUUGCAUGGAGAGCAAGCAAGUUAAUUGAAGAAGAUUAUAAAAAUAAAUUUUAA